ACAAUAAGGUGCCUCAUUCUAAACCUAAUUUUCCCUCUCAAAUACUAAUCCCCGUCUCAAUGAGAAAGCCGUCAUUGCCUAGAAGAAACCCUAGCAUUGUCGAUUUCAAAUUUCCUCUCCCUCAGAAAACCACCAUGCCUUGUACACCUUAACCCUCGUUCGGUGAAACCAUCGUGUUCUUAUAACCCCAACAAACGGAGAAACCACAGUAACCCUCUUCAUGAGAAAACCAAUCAUGCCCAGAACAAAAACUUUUAAGGUUAAUAACUCUUCUAUGUCGAACGCAAAAAACCCUCCCGUUUCUCUCUCAGAAUUAAUGUAACGUCACUCCAUUAGGCAAUUCCCUCUUUCCCCUAACUUUUGUUCAUUAGCAAUUUUGUAACCUAAUUUCUUCCCAUUUUCAAUUUAAUUCUUUCCGAAAUUUGAUGGUUUCAUUGUUUUUUUGUCAACUUGAAUAUAUAAAAAAUGGAGAGAGAUUUUUUUUUAGGAGUAAUAACAUUAUAGGUAUGGUUUUCUUUAUCUUAUUGCCUUUCAGAUUGUGUUUAGUUGUAAACAUGUUUAUGGUGUUAUAUACUGGUGAAAACACAACAGGACCAACCUUAUAGUUGGAAAUUUGUUUUAUGGCCUCUUAGAUAAGGUACCGAGAGCCUGAUAAAUGCUUUAUUUCCAAGCUUCACUCCAAAACUAUUAUCAUUCAUUCAACAACACCUCUCGCCUCUCCUUUUUCUCUUCUCUGUUUUUUUUGCAUCCAUCAUUCACCAAUGGAGUUGGAAGGUGUUCUCCUCGGUAUAGGUAACCCCCUUCUCGACAUUUCCGCUGUCGUCGACAAAUAUUUCCUGAAAAAGUACCCCACUCACACCUCUCUUUCUAUCCGAUUGUUUAUUUGUUUUAUUGUGUUGUUGAUUUGAGUUACAAAAAGAUGAAAUGGAUCAGAUCUCAUGCUUUUGAUUUUGAAUUUGGUUUUCAGAAUUGAUAUUCAGUUGAACAAUGCCAUUCUCGCUGAAGAUAAACACAAAUCUAUUAUAAGGAGAAAAUGUCAAAUUGCGCUUUUUUGUGAUAAUUUCUUUAGAUUAAAGAUUUUAGGUUUAGUCCUUUUACUCCUAUUGUUGUUGAUUUUUUAUGGUUGAUGAUCAUGAUGGAGAAUUCCUCCAUAAGUGGAGUUCAUGAUUUCAAUAUGUCUUCAAGAAAAGCUGGAGAAGCAGCUUUGAGGCGUUAUGAGGCGACGCAGUGGCUAGAAAGUCAAGUUGGUCCUCUUGGAAUAUCUAAGCAACCCUCAGAGAGGGAACUUGUUUCUUGCUUGAGAAAUGGUCUAAUUCUUUGCAAGGCUAUUAACAAGAUUCAUCUAGGAGCAGUACCGAAGAUAGUGGAUACUCAAGUACCAAUGCAAUCACUUGCCUGGGAUUCUCAGCCUUUGCCUGCCUAUCAGUAUUUUGAAAAUAUUCGCAACUUUAUUAAUGCUUCCAGAGAAUUAAAGCUUCCAGCUUUUGAGGCUUAUGAUCUUGAAAAGGAGAGUGUAGAGAAUGGAUCUACUGGAAAAAUUGUUGAUUGUAUUCUAUCACUGAAACGGUUUCAUGAAAUCAAGCAGAUGAACAACCAGACUGGAUCUAGCAAAUGGCUGAAAUCUCCUUUAGUUAUGCAGUCAAUUAGUAUAAUGCAACAAAGAGCCACAACUGCAUUACCCUCUGAUGCAUGCAGGCGCUUGGAUUUGUCUGCUAUAUCUGAAAAUAAGCUUCAUGCAGAGAGUAAUUUUCAAACACGAGAAGGGAAGGCAUUAUCGUCAGAUAAGAUCUUUGAACCGAAGCGCGCGCCGUUGAUUCUUAGAAUGGAUGCUGUUAAGAAGGCUGCUAUUGAAGUUGGAGCUUAUGAUGACUGGUGAUAGAUGGUUUCUUUCAUAUCAUACUUGCUUCCAUUGAAAAACUUUAUGCAUUCUCUUGGACAAUUUUAAAUUGUUUAGAAUGAAUCUUUGUUCAAGAAAACUAAGGAAAAGUUAUAUUUUGUAAAGCAUUAUGUUUGCUCUAUUUUUGUUUGUUUCUUGAAGUUGAAUGGAUCUCAUUUCUGGAGCUAAUAGAUUAAGGGAUUCUAUUAAGUUAACAAGAA